UUUACGUCUUAAGAGCCUAACAGGUCUUUUUUUAUUACAAUCAUUAGGGCUGAUUGCCGAUUGAAUCUCGUAAACGAUUGUGGUAUAGUUGACAAACUUGUAACGGAAAACAAGUAUUAUUCUUGGAAUUGGAAACCAACACGUGUCCUCGUUUGCACUUGAAAAUAGAAUUGUAAUCAAGUAGAUGCAGAACAACAAAAUGGUAAGCCGCGUUCGCUGUGUUUCUUUUGUUUUUUUCUCCACAUAAAACGCCUCUAGGGGCGGAGAAAAUCUGUCGUCUGCUAAUGCCUGUCAGAGUUUCCAUGACUCACCUUCAAAGGAUUCCUCCUGGCCGGCGAAGAGGGGAGAAAAAAAUGGUUUGUGUAAGCACGUAUUCUUCAAAGGAUCCUCUGCAGGUGGUCUCAAACAAUUUCAACCGAUUACGGUAUUCAAUUGUUAGAGAUUGGUGGCGAAUGAGGUGGAGAAAAUCCUUGAAAUCCUCAAUGUCAAUAACAAAUUUUUCGUUACCAUACAACCCGAAAACGGUGGCUUUUAAAAGUCGCCCAUCGUUUCGGAUUGUGUUUGUCUUUUUAGCUCAAAUCUUUAAAAUCACACCAUCUUCCCAAUGGAAAAUUCUCUCAAAAAACGAGGGGGGAUGAAGAAAAAAAAAGAGAUGGCUAGACCAAAUGGUGCGACCAAUAGAGAAGCUUGGGGGUUGGUUCGUUGUCUGGUCACCUUCGAGUCGACAGGGGAGAGUUUACCUACAGCAGCCAACAAUCAAGCACCAUUAGACCAACAGGUCGUUGUCAAGUCAAGUUGUGCUCAGCAUUCGGUUUCCAAGUUUGAACGAAAAAUGGGCGUGUUUGUGACAGAUUUAGGUAGUUAUCUAGUCGACUGAUACAACGUUCGAAAGUCUGAAAACUAUUUGAAAACAUUCGACAUGGCUCAACUGAUGGAUAAUCACCUUAAUUUGGAUAGUCACCUGAGUUUUUUGACAGUUCGAGAAUCUCGUAACACUCCAUCUACCAUCCAAGUCCACAAUCUCUGUCAGAAAGGGAUGGAUCAAUUAGGUCAUCCACACAAGUCUUCCGCAGUAGAAACCUUGAAUCCGUCUCCGCCAGUGGCCAAUCAAACGCUAAUUUGCUCUUCACCCGCCGGUCCAUCAGCUGGUCAUCAUUUGUUAGCCACACAUUCUCCUUCUUGUGCUGGAUUAACUGAAUCUCGUCCAGCCGGCUGGUUUGAUGGAUUUUUCGGCCGCAUCCGUUCAGUUUUCCGUAGUUGGGACGACCUAAGCAAUAAAGGCGAUGAAUGGGAGAUUCCAUUCGAAACGCUUAGUGAUCUCGAACAUUUGGCAUCCGGCACGCAAGGUGUCGUUUACAAAGCCCGCAUUCGCAACGAGAUUGUUGCCGUUAAGAAAGUUGACGAUAAGAAAGAGGCUGAAAUUCCUGUUCUUCGUCAACUCAAUCAUCCAAACAUUAUCCGCUUCAAGGGAGCGUGUAAUCAAGCGCCUAAUUAUUGUUUAGUUAUGGAAUAUUGUCCAAAUGGGACGUUGUACGAUUUUCUACGUAGUGAAAACAAGUUGUCGCCACAGUUGACCUUCGAAUGGGCCGUCCAAAUCGCGUCUGGUAUGCACUAUCUCCAUCAGAACAACAUAAUGCAUCGUGACCUGAAAAGCCCCAAUAUCUUACUAGAUGCAAACAAUGUGGUCAAAAUCACCGAUUUUGGAACAUGUCGCACUUUCAACAAUCAAAGCGUUCUAAUGACAGUUAUCGGCACGUACGCUUGGAUGGCGCCCGAAGUCAUUUGCAAAGAAAAAUGCUGGAAAAAAGUCGAUGUUUGGUCUUACGGUGUGGUUUUAUGGGAACUGCUCACGAGAGAAACUCCGUAUCGCGAUCAAAGUUACGGAGCAAUAAUUUACGGUGUGGGUAGCAACCGUCUGCAGUUACACCUUCCAUCGACCAUUCCGCCGGGCUUUUCCCGGUUGCUGGAAAUGUGCAGGAGACAAGUUCCACGUAAAAGGCCAUCCUUUUACACUAUUUUACUUCUUCUGUCGAAAGCGUCGACGGAAUUGAUCGACCAGGAUCCAGAACACUACGCUAAUCUACAACUUGAAUGGAAAAUGGAAAUCCGUCCUCCUUGUUCCGGCCGUGAUAAAUGCCAAUCAACUGUUUCUAACGAUACGUUUUAUCAGGUAGAUUGCCAGCAAUCUAUCGAUGUGUUUGAUGGCAACCACAAGUACAACAAUAAUGAUCCUGAUGGUGAGCAUCCGCUGUUUAAACGGUUGGCUCAAAUCAGACAUGUGGACGAGAUACACGUCCUCCUCGAAGAGAAGGUGGCAGAGCUGAUGCAAAGCGAAAUCUACGCUGAAGUCGCUUACCUGACAGCCAUUCUCAAAGAAAUUCAAGGGAAACCGAAGAGCAAGCCAAUACGGAUCAAACAGCGCAAAAGGAGUUGCAAGAGAAAUGUUGUUAAAAGGAAUUUUUCUGUUAAAUCAAUCAAGGGUCGAUGUGAACCACCCACUUUAGGACGUCGAGAUUCCUCACGAGUCGUCAACGAUUCUUGCCAAUUUGACCAGAAGGAUCUACCGGACCAGCCAAACAGCUCUGCUGUGGCGUCAGGUGUAGUCCAGUCCAGUUGGGAGACGUGCUCUGACGACGAUGAAGAAGAAAUUAAUUUCCCGACCGCUAAAAAUCAAGAAGUCUUUCUUCGCAAAAGCGUUGGGCGGAAUCCAAUCCGGACGCGCAGGCCUUUCAAAGAUCGUCCCAUUUCGGUCUAUUCCGGAAAUUCCACCGAAGAAAAUCGCCUUUCACUUAUUUCUGUGACCGACGACGACGGUGUUGCUGGAAACAUGUCAGAUGUGUGAUCUCCUUUUUUUCGGGUUUAAUUAAUCCGAUUAGAUCUUUACUGUCCGGAUUUAUUUAGCUUUUCAUUUUUUUUUUUUACCCAUUCAUUUUAUUUACAUUGUGACGUAAGUUUUGUCCGGGAAUCAGUUUUUUAAAAUCAAUUGUUGACGUAAAUUUUUUUCUUCACAUUUUAAAUUCCGGUUUACUUGCUAGAGAUUUUCUUGAUGUUGCUCAAGGUAAAAGCGUUGGAUACAUUUAUUUAUAUUAUUUUAAUGGUUUUUUUUUUUUCCUUGAGUGCGAAUUUCUAUUAAUUUGCGCCGUUUUUCAAAAAUGACCGUGUUAAACCCUCAAUUAUGUCUUAUUUAUUUUCUAAUUUUUGACAAGUGCCCUUCGUGAAUCAUAAUUCGAGCCAAUUUCUCCUACAUUGCCAAUAUUUUCGACAGUUGUUUGCCAUAAUAAACACGGGUACUCUUA